UCCGGCAGCGGCGGCGGGGAGGGGGCUGGGCGCCGCUGCCGCCCCCAGCGCCACCAGGCUCGCCCGGGGAGGUGCGGGGUUGGGGGGUGUGUGUGUGGGUUCGGCCCACGCGGGACGCUGGAGCCGAGCGUGGGCGUGAUGAGCCAGGUGCUGGGCAAGCCGCAGCCGCAGGGUGAGGAUGGCGGCGACGACGAGGAGGAGGAUGAGCUGGUGGGGCUGGCGGGCUACGAGGACGGGCCCGGGUCCUCGGACGCCGAGCUGGACAGCGGGCCGGAGGAGGGAGUUCUGGACUUCAGCGACCCCUUCAGCACCGAGGUGAAACCCAGAAUCCUGCUCAUGGGUCUCAGGAGGAGUGGCAAGUCGUCCAUACAGAAAGUCGUCUUUCACAAAAUGUCCCCGAGUGAGACCCUGUUCCUGGAGAGCACCAACAAGAUCUGCAGGGAAGACGUCUCCAACAGCUCCUUUGUCAACUUUCAGAUUUGGGACUUCCCGGGGCAGAUUGACUUUUUUGACCCCACCUUUGACUAUGAGAUGAUCUUCCGUGGAACGGGGGCAUUGAUCUUUGUCAUCGACUCCCAGGAUGACUAUAUGGAAGCACUGGCCAGGCUGCACCUCACAGUGACCAGGGCCUACAAAGUAAAUACUGACAUUAACUUCGAGGUGUUCAUUCAUAAAGUGGAUGGUCUGUCAGAUGAUCACAAAAUUGAAACCCAAAGAGACAUUCACCAGAGGGCAAACGAUGACCUUGCCGAUGCUGGAUUAGAAAAAAUUCACCUGAGCUUUUAUCUGACAAGCAUCUAUGACCAUUCGAUAUUUGAAGCCUUCAGUAAAGUGGUUCAGAAACUGAUCCCACAGCUCCCGACGCUGGAGAAUCUGCUGAAUAUCUUUAUCUCGAAUUCUGGAAUUGAAAAGGCAUUUCUGUUUGAUGUGGUCAGUAAGAUUUACAUUGCGACCGACAGUACUCCAGUGGACAUGCAGACUUACGAGCUCUGCUGCGAUAUGAUAGACGUGGUGAUUGACAUCUCUUGUAUUUAUGGUCUCAAAGAAGAUGGAGCAGGAGCCCCGUAUGACAAGGAAUCCACAGCCAUUAUAAAGCUGAAUAAUACAACAGUUCUUUAUUUAAAAGAGGUGACAAAGUUUUUGGCGCUCGUUUGCUUCGUCAGAGAGGAAAGCUUUGAAAGAAAAGGCCUUAUUGACUAUAAUUUUCACUGCUUCCGGAAGGCCAUCCAUGAAGUUUUUGAGGUGAGAAUGAAAAUGGUGAAAUCUCGAAAAGCCCAGAGUCGGUUGCAGAAGAAGAAAGGAACUACUCCUAACGGGACCCCUAGAGUGCUGCUGUAGGAGCUGUCAGGAGCCUGCACCCAGACGUGAUGGGGGUGCUGAGCACCACUGCACUGCAGGAAGGAGGCGCCUGGGACACGGACAUAGAUUUGCUAAGGAAAAAGAAUACUCUUUUUAAAAUACAAUCAGCACUUUGAAGUGCUGUACAGUAACCCUGUACAGUAACAAUAAAGCGAACCCCCUCUGAACUCCACUAUAUAAAUGUAAACUUCUAUGUUGACAGAAGAAUCCCCUGCCAGGAACUGUACAUAUUUUGCACUUUUUCAUGUUUUUUCCUCACUGAGAUGAACUUUGAUGACUUUUCUAAACUCUUUUCUGCACUUGGUGUCAAGAAUGUACAUGCUGUAGUCCAUAUGGCUAUCGGAAAUCAAUCCAAAGUAAUACAUUGAUAACGACCUUUUGUAAA